GCCGAUCUCAGCAACACCCCAGGCGGCGAUGGCUGGCGACUCUAGGAAUGCUAUGAACCAGGACAUGGAGAUCGGAGUCACCCCGUGGGACCCCAGGAAGAUUCCCAAGCAGGCCCGCGACUACGUGCCGGUGGCCACAGACCGCACGCGCCUGCUGGCGGACGGCAAGAAGCCGCGGCAGCGCUACAUGGAGAAGAGCGGCAAGUGCAACGUGCACCACGGCAACGUGCGCGAGACCUACCGCUACCUGAGCGACCUCUUCACCACGCUGGUGGACCUCAAGUGGCGCUUCAACCUGCUGGUCUUCACCAUGGUCUACACCACCACCUGGCUGCUCUUCGGCUUCAUCUGGUGGCUCAUCGCCUACAUCCGGGGCGACCUGGACCACGUGGGCGACCAGGACUGGAUCCCCUGCGUGGAGAACCUCAGCGGCUUCGUGUCCGCCUUCCUGUUCUCCAUCGAGACGGAGACGACCAUCGGGUACGGCUUCCGUGUGAUCACGGAGAAGUGUCCCGAGGGCAUCGUGCUGCUGCUGGUGCAGGCCAUCCUGGGCUCCAUUGUCAACGCCUUCAUGGUGGGCUGCAUGUUCGUGAAGAUCAGCCAGCCCAAGAAGCGGGCCGAGACGCUCAUGUUCUCCAACAACGCGGUCAUCUCCAUGCGCGACGACAAGCUGUGCCUCAUGUUCCGCGUGGGCGACCUGCGCAACUCGCACAUCGUGGAGGCCUCCAUCCGCGCCAAGCUCAUCAAGUCGCGCCAGACCAAGGAGGGCGAGUUCAUCCCGCUGAACCAGACGGACAUCAACGUGGGCUUCGACACAGGCGACGACCGCCUCUUCCUGGUGUCGCCCCUCAUCAUCUCCCACGAGAUCAACGAGAAGAGCCCCUUCUGGGAGAUGUCUCGGGCUCAGCUGGACCAGGAGGAGUUUGAAGUCGUGGUUAUCCUCGAAGGCAUGGUGGAAGCAACAGGCAUGACUUGCCAAGCAAGGAGCUCCUACAUGGAUACAGAGGUGCUCUGGGGCCACCGAUUUACACCAGUCCUCACCUUGGAAAAGGGUUUCUACGAGGUGGACUACAACACCUUCCAUGACACUUAUGAGACCAACACACCCAGUUGCUGUGCCAAGGAGCUGGCAGAAAUGAAGCGGGAAGGCCGGCUCCUCCAGUACCUCCCUAGUACCCCCCUGCCAGGGGGCUGUGCUGAACCAGACCCAGAUGUAGAAACUGAGCAGGAGGGAGAGGAUAACCCCAAGGGACUGAGUGAGUCCCAGGAUUCCAGCGGCUCCGUGUGAGAGCUGCACUCUCAACCUCCCCUCCCUGGCUUCUAUGAACACAGACAUUGCAAGGGGAGUGGAGGUCGGGUAAGAUAGCAAGUGUGCUGAUUAGGGGC